UUCAGUUUUCUCCGUAAUUGCAACCUAGUGAGACGUUCUUCUUUUGGCACCGGGACCCUUUUUAGCUUUCAAGUGAAAACUUUCCUUGUGAACAGGUGGGAGUGAUUCAUUCAAAAGGAAUUCAGUGGAUUUUCUGGGGGAUAAGGCCAGUUUUGUGAUAUGGCACAGUUGUUCAACGACGCGAACAAAGUGAAGUGACCUGUGUUCAAAAAAAGUACUACAGAAGAGGAUACGCGUUUUGCAACAGAAAUAUGGAUAUGAAGGAGGAACUCGGUGAAUGGGUGUGGCUGGCGCCGAAGAAGAACGAUGAAUUCGAGGUCCCGUAUGCCGGCCGAGUACUACGAACUCACUCCGGAAAUACGCUCAUUGUCGACGACGAUGGCAAUGAAGCCUGGGUCACCGAUAGUGAGGUCAUCAAACCGAUUCACGUCACGUCACAAAGAACGGUGGACGAUAUGAUAACGCUGGGUGAUCUACAGGAGUACGCCAUUCUGCGCAAUCUGAUUGUCCGCUAUCGACAGAAGCAAAUCUACACCUACACCGGUAGCAUGUUGGUGGCGAUAAAUCCGUACGAGAUUUUGCCGAUAUACACGUUUAACGAAAUCAAUUUGUACAGGGAGAAAAAGAUUGGGGAUCUUCCGCCGCAUAUCUUUGCGAUAGGUGAUAGCGCGUAUCAAGAGAUGCGUCGGGAUGGUAGAGAUCAAUGCAUCGUGAUCAGUGGCGAAUCUGGGGCUGGGAAAACGGAGAGCACCAAGUUGAUCUUGCAAUAUCUGGCGGCGACUAGUGGAAAGCAUUCGUGGAUUGAACAGCAGAUAAUCGAGUCUAAUCCGAUAAUGGAGGCAUUCGGGAAUGCGAAGACGGUGCGCAAUGAUAAUUCGUCACGUUUUGGAAAGUACAUCGAUGUGCACUUCAACAGGGAGGGGGUUAUUGGCGGAGCGAAGAUUGAUCAGUAUUUGCUCGAGAAGUCAAGGAUAGUGAAUCAGAAUAAGGGUGAAAGGAAUUACCACAUAUUUUACUCGAUGUUGGCGGGGCUGAGCAAGGAAGAGAAGAAAUUGCUGGAAUUGGAGGAUGCUUCGAAGUACCACUACUUGACGCGAGGCCAAACGCUAGUUUGCGAUGGACGAAGUGACGCUGGGGAGUUUGCUGACGUACGCGCUGCAAUGAAAAUGCUGUCUUUCACGGAUCGUGAAAUCUGGUCAAUACUGAGCUUACUGGCUGCAAUUCUACAUCUGGGAAAUAUAAAAUAUAAGGCCACUGUGGUGCAGAACAUGGAUGCCGUUGAAGUAAAUGACAAUACGAAUGUGACCAGAAUUUGUAACAUGCUGGGAGUGGCAAAGAAUGCUUUGGUGCACGCUCUAACACGAAGGACCCGCAUCGCCCAGGGCGAGAGGGUGGUAUCACACAUUUCCAAGGAACAAGCACUGGAAGCCCGGGAUGCGUUUGUGAAAGCCAUCUACGGCAAGAUUUUCAUAAUGAUUGUAGAUAAAAUCAACAGCGCAAUCUACAAGUCAUCACCCAAGUCUCGCAUUUCCAUAGGCGUUCUGGAUAUUUUUGGCUUUGAACAGUUUGAGACGAACAGCUUUGAACAGUUGUGUAUUAACUUUGCGAAUGAGAAUUUGCAGCAGUUCUUCGUGAAACAUAUAUUCAAGAUGGAGCAAGCAGAGUACACCCGCGAAGGGAUCAACUGGACAAACAUUGAGUUUAUCGACAAUCAGGAAGUGUUGGACAUGAUCGGGAUGAAAUCUCUACAUAUAAUGGCACUGAUCGAUGAGGAAACUCGGUUCCCCAAAGGGACGGACAUUACGAUGCUCUCCAAGCUGCAUUCUAACCACGGAACCAAAACAAUCUAUCGGAAACCAAAGUACGACAAUGUGCCAUCGUUCGGAGUGCAACAUUUUGCUGGAACUGUAUUCUACAGUGUGAAUGGGUUCCUGGAGAAGAACCGAGAUACCUUUAGUCCGGAUUUGAAGGAGCUGGUUACGAAAAGUAGUAACGAGUUUUUGGUGAAGUUGUUUGGAUCGGAUGACGCAUUGGAUACUACGAAGAGAUCCAUUACGCUAUCGUUGCAGUUCAGAAACUCGUUGGAAGCAUUGAUGAGAACGCUUUCUUCGUGUCAUCCGUAUUUUAUUAGAUGCAUAAAACCCAAUGAGCUGAAGAAACCAAAGAUCAUCGACAAUGCUUUAUGUGUCCGGCAGCUGAGAUAUUCUGGCAUGAUGGAAACGGCUAAGAUCAGGAAAGCUGGUUAUGCCAUCAGACAUAGUUACCAUGAGUUCGUUGCCCGUUACCGUCAUCUAGGCAAGAACAUUGGACCUGCUCACAAGGUUGAUUGUAUCAUAGCAUCUAAGCAAAUUUGCACGCAUGUUUUGGCGUCUAUUCCGGAUGAUUACCAGUUUGGAAAAACCAAGAUAUUCCUGAAAGAAAGUCAUGAUGCACUGCUAGAAUCGGAGCGUUCGAGAGUUUAUCUGCACUACGUCGUGUUAAUCCAACGGGCCUUCCGUCGCGUAUUAUUCUUCAAGUUCAUUCGUAGAUAUCGCUGGGCAGCUACUACAAUACAAAAACAUUGGAGAGCCCGUGGCUACCGAUCGAACUAUUUGACAAUGGUAAAAGGCUAUCGAAGAUUGCAAGCCGUGGUUAAAUCUCGUGAGUUGACCUACAAAUUCGGUAGACUACGAGAGGCCAUUGUACAUCUGCAGGCUCACUGUCGCGGAUAUCUGACUCGUAAAAAUUUGAGAGAUAAAAUCACUCACAAAGCCAAACGGAUGAAUGAGCUAUUAGCUUUGAAACGAAGAGAAGAAUUACAGUUCAAACAGUCCGGAAACAAACGCUGGCGUGAAGAUGCCGAGCAUAACUACUGGAUGCGAGUAGACGAGCUGAACCAAGAAUUGGCCCUGGAAGCAGAAAUGCGGAAACCCGUGGAAGUGAUUCAGCCAUACCAGUCCAUCGACGUGGAAGAAAACAACAAGAUGUUGGAUGACGUUUUCGGAUUCCUCAACGACUCUAUGAGUCCUGAACCGGUCCCUAAGCGGAAGCCAUCCUUUGCCGAAAACGCCGUCCCUGAAACCAUCUCGUUUAGCAACGGGGAAAAUUUUCCCUACCGCGAGGAUUUAUCCGAUUAUAACUUCGCCAAGUACGCGGCCACGUACUUCGCCAACAAUGCGUCUUAUCAGUUCAGCAAACGCAAGCUUAAAUCCUCGCUGCUAGAUUUACCCAGCCCGGCCGACACCAUUUCAGCACAGGCACUAUGGAUUACCAUCUUACGCUUUAUGGGAGAUAUGGCGGAGGCACGAUACGAAGAGGACAGCGAAGAAGCCAAGCAUAAGCCCGUGAUGCAAAAGUUGACUGUUACGCUGGGACGGAAUUUCGCGAAGACAAAGGAUUUUCAGGCCUUCCAGCAGAAACUGUCGGAACACGAACGGAAACUGAUCCACAGGACGUUGAAACGGAAGACAAAAAUUCCUGCAGAGUUGAAGGCAAUUGUUGAGAAUACCGAUGAGAUAGCAGAUUACCAGCAGUUUUUGAACAAUAGAAGCUCCAACUUGGAUAAGCUGCACUUCAUAAUCGGGCAUGGUAUUUUGAACAAGCAGUUGAGGGAUGAAAUCUACUGCCAGAUUUGCAAACAGCUGACAAACAAUCCAAGUUCUACGUCGCAUGCGAAAGGGUGGAUUCUACUAUCGCUAUGCGUCGGGUGUUUCCCACCCUCGGAGCGAUUUGAAAAAUAUUUGAGAUGCUUCAUUCGCGAAGGGCCACAGUUGUAUGCUCCGUUCUGUGAAUAUAGGCUCGAUAGGACCAUACAGAAUGGGGCGAGAAGGCAGCCACCUUCUUGGUUGGAGCUGCAGACCACCAAAAGCAAGAAACCAAUCAUGGUCCCUGUUACGUUGAUGGACGGUUCCAGUAAAAAUGUUGAAAUUGAUUCGGCGACUACGGCGGAGGAAAUGUGUCUAAAGCUUGCGAAUAACAUAGGCUUGAAGGACGAUUUUGGCUUCUCGAUCUUUGUAAUGCUGCAAGAUAAAGUGUUAACGCUACAAAGUGGUCGGGAAUUCAUCAUGGAUGCAAUUUCCAACUGCGAACAGUACGCGAAAGAACAAGGAGGAAACGAGCGUGCGGCCGCUUGGAAGAUAUUCUUCCGAAAGGAGAUGUUUGCUCCGUGGCACGAUCCGACUGUUGACGGCGUUGCUACCAAUUUGAUCUACGCUCAGGUUGUACGUGGAUUGAAUUUGGGAGAGUUGGUCAGCACCUCCGACAAAGACAUAGCAAUGCUAGCAGCGUUGCAAUACUAUGCCGACUAUGGACAUGACUUGAAUUUGAAAACGCUGCAGGAACGUCUGAAGGAUUACCUGCCGAGAAAUUUGGUUAGAGCGGAAACGGCGGCUCGUUGGGUGCAGUUGAUAGAGAUGGCUUUCAAGAGAAGUCGCUGUGUAAAAGAAGGUUUGCAGCGAAUUGUGGCCAAGGAGGACAUCGUUCUAUUUGCGAAACUUACUUGGUGCAUGAUGUUCUCAAGAUUCUACGAGGCAGUGCAAAUUGAGGGAACAAAACUCCCAUCUAGUAAUGUUAUGAUUGCAGUCAAUUGGUCUGGCGUUUACUUCGUAGACGAUCAGGAACAGGUUCUGGUGGAACUCUCGUAUCCGGAGAUAAUGCAGAUAGAUGGCGAAGAAGCUGGCUCAAACGAAGUGGGAACACUGUUCAUCAGUACCAUUCAGAAGGAGGACUACGUGUUCAAAUCGUUUGAAGCCAAACCGCUAGCUGAUCUGGUAAACUACAUUCUGAAUGAGCUGCGCACUAGAAGUUUGUACGUGGUAGCUGUUCGGUCUCACAGUAGCGAAGAUCAGACGGAGUCAAUGCUGAACUUGCUGAAGGGAGAUUUAGUAACAUUGGGACAAGGAUUCACUGGAGAGUCGAUUAUGGCAGAAGAUGCAACAUGGGGCUAUGGGGAGUCAAAUGGGAAAACCGGGUACUUCCCUACUGAAAUUGUCCAUGUUUUACCAACAAUCAUGCCACCGUCAGCGAUAGUAUUGAAUCAUUUUAGGAGAGAAGGUGUGCUCAAGCCCAGGAAACAUGCUGCUCCUAACUACAACACAAUCCAGAGAAGACGGAUGUACACGUUGCAGAGAUACAGUUCGGAACAUUUCAGAGCACCAAUAAGUCUGGCAUCGUCUUCGGCAACUUUGAACAGUGUUCGGAAAUCGACUUCUGAGGAGCUCUGGAGGCACACACGGGAACCAAUGAAGGCACCGCUACUGCAUAAACUACAACACGACAAAACCAGAGCUGACACGGCUGUUGUAAUGUUUACAUGGAUUUUGAAGUACAUGGGAGAUCUGCCAAAAGGACGUGAGUCGGUUGAUACCGAUAAAAUAUUCUAUCCAGCUCUCAAUGACGACCUUCUAAGGGACGAAUUGUAUUGCCAGAUCAUGCGUCAACUGACAGAAAAUCAAAUACAAAUCAGUGAAGAACGUGGUUGGGACCUCUUGUGGCUUGCUACAGGAGUAAUGCUGCCGAGCCAACAGGUCCAAAAGGAAUUGUUUGAAUUCCUGAAAACCAGAAAACACCCAAUAGCCGCGGAAUGUCUCCGUAGAAUCCAGAAAACCAUGAAGCUAGGUCAUAGAAAAUAUCCCCCCUACAUAGUAGAAGUGGAAGCUAUUCGUGUUCGAACGAUAGAAAUCUAUCACAAGGUCUACUUCCCCGACGAUACGGAUGAAGCAUUCCAGAUUGAAUCGUCUACCAAGACCAAAGACCUGGUGCAGACCAUAACCAAGCGUUUGGAAUUGAAGUCAAGUGAAGGAUUCAGUUUGUUCAUAAAGAUCGGCGAUAAGGUGUUUUCCAUUCCGGAGGAAUACUUCAUCUUCGAUUUCAUAUACGAACUGAUGGAAUGGAUACGGGACACUCUCCCGACCAGAUCGAAUGAUAAUCGCAUCCAGUGCGAAUAUCAGCUGUUCUUCAUGAAGAAACUCUGGGUCAACGUUGUUCCAGGAAAGGACCCCUGUGCAGACGAAAUGUUCUACUUCUAUCAGGAGGUACCGAAAUUCUUGCAGGGAUACUACAAAGUGACGAAACAAGAAGCCGUUGAUCUCGCUGGCUACAUAUUCUGGUCAGUUUACGAAGAGACAGACAAACAGCUGCUGCAGAAAUCAUUCCCCGAAAUGAUGCUCUCGUUGGUACCGGAAGAUGCCAUUAGAAUGCAAAAGGCGGAUCAGUGGAAGAGGGAUAUAAUAGCAAGGGUGAAUGCCUUGAAUGGAAUUAGCCAAUCCCUGGCCAAACUGGAGUUUCUCAGAAUUGUUCACAGAUUCCCCAUGUUUGGUUCUACUUUCUUCGUCACCAAACAGGCCACUGAUCAGAACCUGCCAGAGACGCUGCUGAUUGCAAUUAACAAACAUGGAUUCAAUUUGAUUGAUCCUCGCACAAAGGACCUUCUGGCUCAGCACAGCUACAUGGAACUGAACUUCUGGAGCUCAGGAAAUACCUACUUCCACAUCAAGUUCGGUAAUAUGAUGGGAUCCUCUAAGCUGCUCCUGGAAACCAAACAAGGUUACAAAAUGGACGAUCUUCUAACGUCCUACAUCCGGCAUUUCAAAACCCAAGCGCAAAGAAAUUAAAUUAGAAGUUUACCAUAUAAAUAUCACAAAUUUUAUUCGUUAAUAAAAGCACUGCUAUUAAUCUCAAAAGUA